AUGGAAGUGGCCUUCCCACUCCGCCGAGCGACGCCCCUGCGUCCCGUGCGCAUCCGCUGUGCUGCCCGCGACUUUCGGCCGCUGGGGUACGGCAACGGCAAGCAUGAGUCUACGACUUUCGCCGGCUGGUCCAACUGCUACCUAGGCUCCAACGAUCCCUAUGGGGAGACGCUUCACAGCAUCCUCAGCGUGGUCAGGGCAAAGUACCUCACCAUCGAUCGCUUCGUCAGCGUUGUUGGCUCCCUCGUAGCGCUGCAGUUUCUGCUGGUGCUAAAGCCCAAGGUCAUUCAUUUCUUUGACAUGAACCCGCAGCAGGUCCUUUGGGCUAAGAUGCUUUGCGAGCUCAUCGCUGUGUCGAACUCGCCGGAGGAGUUCAUCUCACGAGUCUUCGCCCGCGACGUGCGCUCCUUCGAACGCCGGUUGGGCGGCGGAAGCAUCACCGGAGAUCGCCUGACGCACCUGAACCAACACCGCUUCCUCCAGCUCCCCGUGUCCCGAAGAUUGCGGCGGAGGGCGCUGCAGCGGCUCAGCGCCAAGGCGCAGGCCACCUAUCGCGAGGUGCUCAUGCCCCUGCAGGAUGGCGAGAAGCCAGGGUGGUUUACCCCUGCGCUCGUUCCCUGUGAAGAUCGCCGUCGCUUUGGCACCCUUGCGCGCACAGGCCUGGGCCCACAGGGCCGCCUGCCGGGAGACCGGUUCGCGUCUCUACUUUAUGGGGAAGGCUGGCUGACGAACGCAGGCACCUUCAGAACUGUGAAGGAAAAGCUCCGCACCACUCCAAUCACGUGGGCCACGGAGGUGGACUUCUCUGGGGCCGGGCCGGAGGAGAUCAUCCCGGAGGACUUCCAGAAGACUGCGGUCAGCGCGGGCGCGCCGCGCACUCUCGUCUUCUGCAUGGACAUGUGGUCCUCCCACUUUGCGCGGCCGUGGUCGCGCACAGCUUGCCUGGACUGGCGACAAGAUGGGCGUCUGGUCGCCGUGCAGUCCAUCACAGCCACCAAGGCCGAGCUAGUGCAGGAGCUCGAGGGAACAGGAGGUUCCUUGGCCUGGCGAAGGACUCCGAACAGCUUCUGCCGCCGCACAUCUGCCAAGUCGGCUCGGUUCUGCAUGAAGGCUGCAGGCGCGAGGCGUACAUACCGGAGCCGGCGCUGCUCCGGUCUGCGGAGCCCCGCCUGCGUCGGCACCUCCGGGCGCUGGUCCUGCCCCGCCCACGACCUACGUUGGGGAGCUUUGCGCGAAGUGCAGACGAGUGACGGCCUGGGUGCUGAGGAGGUGAGCCCCACAGUCGUGGGGGAGGAGUUGGAUGUGGUCGAGGAACCAACGGACAAGACGAGCCGAGCAGCGAUCGCCUGGCUAAGGGAAAGCGUUCUCGUCUCGGUGCUCAUCGGCACUACGGGCGUCACCUUACGUCAGAUUGCUGCCCAGCCAUGUGGGACCAGCAAGUGGGUGGACGCCCAGCCCAUACAGAGCAGAAGAGCGCCCCGUGGGACUCACAAUGCCAAGCAUGGAACACAGCACAACAACAGUGUGGCCACUGGCGUGGACCAGACUGCAGAAAAGCGCAGCCUGGAGACGCUGCAUACACGACCUGCCUGUGUGGACACCGUCGUGGCGCUGCUGCGCCUCGCAGGCCAAGGCUUCGGUGGUGCAGCUGCUGCCGUCGCCGUACCGGUGGCCAUCGCCGCCAUCCGCCUCGCCUGCGCCGGUGACCAGGAGGAGGGCAUUUCAGAGUAG